CGGCUGUCGGAACCACAGUCCCGUCUCUCAGUUUUAGGGUCCGCUUAAGCUGUUGUCUUGUACCCAUAGCCUCCAUAGGCGCGUUGGAGUUAUGCGACUGCUGAGUAAUAUGCACGACAAGGAGAAGAGAGACAACUUGCAGAUGCACUUGCACAAGACCCGAGUCUGGUCUUGCAAGCUAGGUUAGCUUGUCGGUGACUUGUGGUCUAUCCCGUGUGUGCUUUGAUGGGAGCCGAGUAGCGUGACGAGCCUCCACCGAAGGCCGUGUUCUCUCACACACAAGGCCGGGCGAGGCGUGUUUUGGGCCUCGGAGGACGAAAGACACAGAUGGGUGUAGGGAAAAGACACCGGAAUCUCGUUUUCCGGACGUAGAUAAACAGACUGAUGCUGUAACUCAGUUGUUUAAGUUCUCUCAUCAGUUCCUGUUGAAGUUACCACUCCAGCUUUCACAGUGGAAACCAGAAGAAGGGCAAAGAUGAACACAGUGCGAGGGGGCACAGUCACCUGGCGUCCCCAGCCAUGGCAGGAUGGGGAUGGUGGAGGAGGCGAGCCAUUGUCAGACAGCGACUCAGAAGAGGAGGACUUCCCUGAUGACAGCACCACCCCACUGGGAGACUAUAUCACACAAGGGCUGAAGCAGCUCUUGGAUGCACAGCAGUUGUGUGAUGUGACUCUGCUUGUAGAGGGCAAAAAGUUCAUGUGUCACAGAGUCCUCUUGGCGGCAGUAAGCCCUUAUUUCCGGGCCAUGUUCACCAGCCCUCUGGUUGAGUCCCGUCUCACUGAGAUCAGACUGGAGGAAGUGACGCCAUCUGUUAUGGAGACUGUCAUCCAAUUUGUCUACACUGGUGAGGCAGGUCUCUCUCUGGACACAGCUGAGGACUUGUUUGUGGCGGCCAAUCGGCUUCAAGUCAUGCCCCUGCAAGACCUGUGCUCCAGAUUUCUGUUUGAGCACCUAUCAAUGGACAACUGUCUGGGGAUGUACUCACUGGCUCGUUCUCAUCAUGACCAGCUGCUGCUGCGUGCCUCUCUGAGGUUGGUUGCCCAGCACUUCCCCCGAGUGGCCCGGCAGAAAGACUUCCUCUUGCUGGACCAUGGCACUCUAGGCAGCCUCCUUGGCUCUGACCGUCUUGGAGUAGAGUCUGAAGCAGAGGUCUAUGAUGCAGCACGCCGCUGGGCUGAGCACCAGCCCCUAGAUCGCUACACCUACAUGCCAGCACUACUUCACCAUCUGCGGCCUGGACUGCUAUCCCAGGGGGAGAGCCGAAGACUGAGCCAGGAGCUGGGGCCUGCUGCAGCAGGCGAGGGCCUUGGGGGUCCUCUCAGACCACGAGAGGGUAUGUUUGAGAAAAAGAUCGUCUGUGUGGAUCUGACAUCUCGAGAGGAUGACAAGUUAGCAGAGAGCAACUACACUGUUGACUGCUUUGACCCUCGGACUGGGAAGUGGGAGAAGUUGGCGGCGUUGGGUUCACUGGUGAGUCCGGGGUGCACGGCUGUAGGUGAUCGCUUGUUUGUUGCCGGCGGAAUCCUCCGGACAGGCUCUGUGUCUGCAGCAGUCUACGAAUAUGAUACUGUGUUGGACCGCUGGACAGAACGGCCCCCCAUGGUCCAAUCCAGGGCUAUGCUAGGGCUGCUGGGCUUUGGGGAGUCACUCUAUGCCCUGGGAGGCAGUAACCGCUCUGCCCUCCUGGACUCCUCUGAGACCCUAAACCUGGUCUCACUCCAGUGGGGUCCUGGGCCCAGAUUACCCCUCCCACUGCGCGCCUUUGCCUCUGCAGCCCUACGUGGACGACUCUACCUAAUGGGUGGAACUACACUAGAACAGAACCGGGCUGUGGUCCAUUCCGGAGUGCUUAUUUACCACACCAUGACAGACUGCUGGACACGUGUCCCGCUGGACUCUGGUGCCACCUGUCUGGCUGGAGGGGUCGCUGUGAGAGGUGGGGUAUGUGCCAUCGGAGGGUACAUGAGAGACGCCACCAAGUUCUUGGAUGGCAACUAUACCAACCUGGAGAUGCUGGACGCUACAGGCCGUGUGCUGUUUUUCAGAGAGGGGAGGGGGUCUGGGGUGGAGAGGGAGGUGACGGGGGCAGGAGCAACAUUCACAGGGGAGCGGGGGGGUACAGGUGGUGGGAGUGAUCGGGCCCCUAGCCCUGUGGUGUUCCCUGGCCUACCGCGGCGUAUUGCAGCUGGGGGUGUGGCUCGAUGGAAGCGGAGGAUUUAUGUGCUAGGUGGUGAAAAUGGGUCACGGUUCUAUGACAGUGUGUACUGUUGGAAACCUGGCUGGCGGAGCUGGGUCCAGAGACGGGAGAAACUCCCUGGUGAUACCGGAGGGGUGAGCCAAUUUGGGUGCACCACUCUGAAAUUUCCCAAGAAACACAUCCUGUCCAGAUUGAGGCUAGCCAAAGAGGACUACAAAAAGGCCAAUGACUAGCUUGAUGUGGACCAAUAUGGCUGGAGUGAAAGAUAGCCAACUAUGUGAUGGAGAGUAGAGUUUCAGGCUGCAUUGAUCACCCAAGAAACUGCCCCACUUUCCUUGUAAAUCUUAAGUAAACGAACCUACGAAAGGUUGAUUGUUACAAUUAAGUUUUAAGUUACAAGGGAAAAAUGAGACCACCUUGCCACAGCCCUGGUAAAGGGGCCCGAGUUUAAACCCAAUGAAGCAGACAGAUUUCAUUAAAGGAAUUAAUACAAACAGACAAAAAUACCAGGACUUAUUGGGGGCAGAAAUCAGACCACAAAUACCAUAAAAUAACUUUUUUAAAUACAUAUUUGUCAGAGCAAGGAACACUCGUGUCUGCAAGUAAUUUUUAGAAGCAGAAAGGCCUUGAAUGUAUUCAUAACAAACUUCCUUUUUUAAUGACUUUUGCAUUUGUAAUAUUUUCCAUAUUGUACUGCCCCAAAUUUUUAAAGUCCGUUUUUAAAUAGUUGCUUGAAAUUCAUAAGCAGCAGUGUCAAAAUUGGGUUUUUCUUUCACUUGCCCACGGUGUUUCAAGAACGGGCGUCAUUCAUCAAUCGUUUGUAGGUACAAAUGUGUUCUUCCACACCCAUGUGCUAUUUUAGCCCUGACUUUUGUCUGAGAGGCCAGUGUAGCACCUGGGUAAAGCCUGAAUUUAGUCUCCAGUUGGCUCACACUGAUGUCUUUGCAAGAGGUAGACAAUAGCUGUUAGGGGGGAGGAAUUACAAAUAACCAUCAGGCUUUGCUGCUGCCUGUCAGACAAUCUGGAGAGUUAAAAGGGCACAUGGGUGUAAGAACAAUCUGUACGUACGAGCGACUGAUGAAUGAGGCCCAUUGAGUCUGCCUGUCGGGCACUGAGGGAAUUAUUUAUUAAAAAUCUUUUUUUUCUUUUAAUUGGUUGUGUUUUCUGUAGUUAAUUCUGACCUGACUCUACUCCUCAGAGGUCCCCCCUCAUAAUGGUAAUGUGGUUUUGACUGCACCAGCAGAACGAGGCACAGUGUGUAGGAACAGAUGGAAGAACGAUUCCAACGUUCACAGUUUGGUAAAACGGUAACUACACUUUGACUUUGUGAGAUACAAGAAACUGGGUGUCCGAAGCUAUGAGGACAUUCUGUGGUAAACCACUCGCGUGGUUGAGAGUUUCCAUGUUCUCUCAUCCUGCCUCCUUUCUCCAAUGUUGUUCUCAUUUCUGUACUUUGAACAAGUUCACAUAUUUCCAAGGGGAGUUUCGUUAUCUGAUCACCGCUCCCUUGUGCACACACAAAACAGUUGUCGAACUCUGCCUGAGAAUGGCAAAAAUUCUGGUUUUCAUUCUUUUUCCAUUUUUACCUUUGUCAGUACUUAGACUUCUGUUUAUUAAAGGGCGCUAGACUGAGUCUAAGCAAA